AUGUCACCCGUAUCUGUCGACGACUCAAAACUGACGUAUCUCACGCCUUCGCAAGUCUCUAAGUUCUAUGACGACGGUUAUCUUGUCAUUCCACAGUUUCUUGAUCAAGAUGAAGUUGAUAAGCUCAUGAAGCGCACCCAAGACCUGCUGGAUUCGUUUGACCUAGAAGGACACCCAUUGACAAAGUUCACGACCGGCGAGUCAGAGGACGAGUCCAAACAUGUCGGAGACGACUACUUCCUCAACAGCGGGGACAAAAUCCGGUUUUUUAUGGAAGAAGAUGCGGUUGGGAAAGAUGGCAAGUUGAAUAGACCGAAGAACAGGGCUGUGAAUAAGAUUGGUCAUGGUUUAUAUGAAUGUGAUGCGGUGUUCAGAGAAGUUAGCCCUCACAACCCGAAGCUGAAAGCUGUGGCAAGAGAUCUGAAGUUUCAUAAGGACCCAGCGAUUCUUCAGUCUAUGGUGAUAUGCAAGCAGCCUGAGAUCGGAGGAAAGGUUCCUGAGCAUAACGACUCUACAUUCCUCUACACCGACCCUCCUUCCGCGAUCGGAUUUUGGUUCGCUCUCGAGGCUUGUACACCAACGAACGGGGCGCUCUCCUUUCUCCCCGGUUCCCAUAAGACCACGCCCAUCAGCAAACGGUUCGUUCGCCUGCCGACGGGCGGAACGGGCUUCGAGCAGCUUCAGGAAGAGAAUGCGCCAACGGAUGAUGCAGAAUAUGUGUUGGAGACUUGUGAUGCAGGGACCCUCGUGCUAAUCCACGGGAGCGUGUUACACAAGUCGGAGAAAAACCUCUCGCAGGCGACGCGUUAUGCCUAUACUUUUCACAUGAUUGAGUCCGAACCAUAUGCCAAGUAUGACGAGAAGAACUGGUUGCAGCCAACACAAGAAAUGCCGUUCACGAAGCUGUUCGCCCAAGAAUAAAAUUUCGCAAUACCGGGGAUAAAAUCUAUAUUUGUACACUUUUUACAUGGCUCAGUCUACCACUUAGAAGUCUUAAGCCGAGUUCCGGUUCCUCACGCGGCCAGCUUCAGGCCUUCCUGUCCUAUGUAAUGCCGAGCGAAGAGGUCGUUCUGGAUCCAGAGUGCCUUGUUUACCGCCAAGAUCAUCCGGCGUUUGUCCUUCAAUGGGAGCGUUUCCUCCGGCAGAGAAAGGAGGGUGUCAGCCAACAGAGAUUCCACCCAGCCAAGCAAAGCGUUCAUCUGGAUGUACUCGACAUGGAGUGGUUCCUUCUUCUCACGAUGCUUAAAGCCAGCCUUGCCUGUGUGCAUGAUGCCGACCUUGUCCAUGUACUCCCAUUGCUUGAUGGACUUGUAGUCGCCAGUCAGAAGCUUCACAAUCCACACCUUUAGGAAAUCCUUGCGGAACUUGAUCUGUUCCGAGUCAUGACCCAAUGUAUCGAGGUUCGUUGCGAGGUUUCCCUCAAAUCCAGCGUUGCGAGGGAGGAAGGAAACUUUUGUCACGUCGUACGUGAAGAGCUUGCCGUAUACAGCAUCGAGGAUGGUCGGGAUCAGAGGGGUAGCAAGGGGUGCAAUGUCCUUCAGUGCUUGUAUAUCGGAAUCGCUGAACUCGAGGAAGUCCGUUAAGUAUGCCAUACGCGCUUCAAGGGAAGUGUAGAGCGUGUCAUGGUCAACAUGCUUCAUAGGGGGAACACCGUGAGCGCGUCCGUCUGACAUGAUGAUGUCGUGAGAGUUGUGGUAUUGAAGAGUGGAGAAGACUGGUCGAGA